CUUUAUGUCACCGUGGAGUGCCGUAUAUUUAGACAAACUCCCCUCGUUGGAGAGCUGUCGUAUUUGGAGACCGUUCCUAGCUGCUCUUUGAUCUCAUCAUCGACUCUUCGCCCCAUUCGCCUCAUUCUCCUCUCUCAUCCCAUGCCUCAACGUCGCAGCUGAUGGAGCGGACUCCUUUCCUCCAAGAUGGGCUGCUGCUUCUCCGUGUCGCGUGAUUCCCACGACGCUCAGUCUCCCUCAGAAGAGCACCACCACCACCACAACAAUCACGACACAACGAACGAACACUCAUCGACCCGUCCCCGUCGACCCUCAUCCCUAAUCUCCCCGUCCUCGUCUUCCCGCCACCGACCGCCCCUUAUCCUCAAUCACCACCCCUCGUCCUCACGGCAAUCCCGCCAGAAGAACCCACCCAAAGACCAAACCCCAGUCCCGCUGCCCGAGCACAUUAAUGCACCGAUCCGCCCGCACAUCUGGAACAGCAAAAAGCGCCGAUGGACGCGCACCCUUCUCGAUCGCGAACGCACUGAGUUCUUCGAAACCCGCGUCACUGGUCGUCCCGAAGUGUGGGUUGCUCUAUCCGCUGCUCUGACGUUCAUGCGGAACGAGGACUUUGCGACCGCGCAGAGCAUUAUUGAUGCGGCAGGCGUGACUGUUCCAACAGGAGAUCUCUGUCAGGGGUGCUAUGAUGAGCAGGGAGUACUCUACCGGUUGCCGAGGUGCAUUGUGAGUGAUCCAGAUAAUAUUGUUGUUGAUGCGGAUGAAGAUGGGAGUACGGACGGGGAGGACGUAGAUGUGGGGUUUGAGGCGGAGGAUAGGAAGGACUUCGGAGACGAGGUAGAAUCCGGGGAUGAGUUGAUUGCGGAGGAUGGUGAAAGUGAACGAAGGAGGGACGAGAAGGGGAAGGCGAGUGAGCGCGACUUGAUCCGGGUGAAGGCGAGGUUGAGUGAUCGUGAUGGCGAGGAUCUUGUCGUCACUGUGAAUAAGGCGCAAAAUGUCGGAUUUCUUGCACGGAAGGUGCAGCAGGAAGUCGGCAUACCCAGGACACAGCGCGUCCGGAUCGCCUACCUAGGCAAGCUCCUCAAAGAGAAUACGCCACUCGUCGACCAGGGCUGGAAACCAGGCAAUGUAGUAAAUGCUAUGGUUGUUGCGCGGCGACCCUCAACCUCAUCGUGACCUGAUAUCUACAGCUACGACUUCCUCCUCUACACCCUUUCGCUUCCCUCGCAAGUCCAACGAGUCUUACUCUCUCGCCAACGUACCACUGAACACAACACCAGGCCCCAGUCCUAGCCUUGUAUAUUUCCUAAUCACGCUCUACAGACGAUGCGACGCGUGUACGAGUUCACGACAAUACAUACCCUGUUUCGCCAGGCGGCCGGCGUUUGAUACACUUCAGUUUACAGAAUCCAUGCAUUGCAUAAUACCCCCCGUCGGCUCUCUUACCUAUUUAACUUGAUUUACCCAUG